GAGACAAAAAUCAGAGACUUCUCCAUGAGAAUUCUCCACGAGAAGCACUGUAAUCCUUUUUUGGUGAGGAUGCUUUGAAAGAAGCAGACCAGUCGUGUGUUUUUAGUACAAUCCAUCCAUCAAGUCACGUUUCGGACUCGGCAGCACAGCCCCCCUACAGGCCGUGAAUAUUCGAUUGGAUCACACCAAAACAACAUUAUCGCUGUCCUCAUCUGUGGUAUGGGGAUAAUCUGAGAAAGUAAUUGCUACGUUAUCAGGAUCACUCAUGACACUUAACUGUUCUUUCAUGAGACCGUACGGAGGACACUUUCCAUGCUGCUCACCCCGAGCAGGCAACUUAAGCCCAGUAUCACCGUUGCUCUCACCAUUUCGAGAGCGGAAUCCUCCACUGAGUGCUAAAGAUCCCGAGAUGUCGCGGCUGAGCUUGAAAAUACGCAAGCUCUCUGAGCCCGUUUUCAGCUUUGAUGUUGAGAAUGGCGCAUCACCGAGCAGGAGUCCGGGCAUUGAUGCGGCGAGCCCAUCGUCUGGCCUCAUCCUCUCGGCAAACUUCCCACAGAGGAGAGAAUCCUUCUUGUACAGAUCCGACAGCGAUUUUGACCUGUCGCCAAAGUCUAUGUCCAGAAACUCAUCCAUUACAAGCGAUUGUCACAAUGCAGAAGACGUGAUCGUCACCCCCUUCGCCCAAAUUCUUGCCAGUUUGCGGAGUGUUCGCAAGAACUAUACCUCUCUCACAGGGUUACCGUCCAAUUUUAACAGACAGUCGCCUAAAGACAAGUUACAUCAAAUCAAACCUAAUCCACCUAAUGUUGAUGAGAGCUAUGGUAAGAUGGCGUUUGAUACCCUUGAAGAGUUAGACUGGUGCCUGGAACAGCUGGAGUCAAUGCAAACACAUCGCUCAGUCAGCGAUCUGGCAACAAGUAAAUUCCGACGUAUGCUCGGUAGAGAACUCUCUGCGUUUUCAGAGACCAGUAAAUCAGGCAACCAGGUAUCAGAGUACCUGUUAAGUACAUAUAUAGACAAACACACGGAUAUUGACAUGCCCGUCCAACCACCACGAGAUGCCCCGUCACCCUCUCCAAUCCCAAAGAAUGCCCCGUCAAGAGUCGACAGUAAAGGGUCUACGACAACAACCUCAGGACCGCUGUCUGCACGACGGAGCAACGACGCAGUCACCAAAAUCAAAGGCAUUCAAAAGUUGAAGCACCACAACAGCUUGUCGCAGGAUGUUGUGUCACGGUACGGCGUCUCAUACGAAAAAGAAGAAGAUAUGGAGAAGGAGAUGGAGAAUCUUGAUAGAUGGGGAUUUGAUGCUUUCAGGGUUGAUGCCCUCACGAAUCACAGACCUCUCACAGCAGUCACAUUCACAGUCCUGCAGGAAAGAGGAUUAUUAAAGACGUUUCAGAUUCCUCACAAGACGCUAAUCACAUACAUGAUGAUAUUAGAGGAUAACUACAAUAAAGAUGUCAAGUAUCACAACCAGAUCCAUGCUGCAGACGUGGUCCAGUCUACCAACUAUUUACUUUCAGCACCAGCACUUGAGAAUGUAUUCACAGAUAUUGAGACUCUUGCAGCGUUAUAUGCUGCAGCAAUACACGAUGUAAGGCACCCUGGUCUGAACAACCAGUUCCUCAUUGCCUCAAGUUCUGAGCUAGCAAUUCUGUACAAUGAUGAGUCAGUAUUAGAGAACCACUCUGUGGCUGUAGCCUUCAAAUUACUGCAGCUGGAAAACUGUAACCUGUUUGAAACACUGACCAAGAAGCAGCUGCAACAGCUCAGGCGAAUGGUGAUUGAUAUGGUGUUAGCAACAGACAUGUCCAAGCACAUGAGCUUACUAGCCGAUCUGAAGACAAUGGUAGAGUCCAAGAAGGUUGCUGGAUCAGGGGUGCUCCUCCUAGACAACUACAACGACAGAAUGAUGGUUUUGAAUAACUUGGUCCACUGCGCUGAUCUUGGUAAUCCAACCAAGCCACUGCACAUCUAUCGCAAGUGGACGGAGCGUGUGAUGGAAGAGUUCUUCCUACAGGGUGAUCUAGAGAGACAGAAAGGAAUGGAAGUCAGUCCCAUGAUGGACCGGUAUAAUGCAUCCAUCGAAAAGUCACAGGUUGGUUUCAUUGACUACAUCGUGCAUCCGUUGUGGGAGACGUGGGCGGAUCUUGUCUACCCAGACGCCCAGGAGCUCCUAGAUCUUCUGGAAGAGAACCGUGACUGGUAUAGCAGCCAGAUCCGCAACAGCCCUACCCCGACGUCUGAAGACGAUACAAUCAAAGAGGCAGACGAUGACGAGAAGUUUCAAUUUGAGAUGUCUCCGGUGGAGCAUCAGGAUGUGACAAGUAUAAACUCUGGCGACACGCCCGUGCCAAACGAAACCAAGACUGUGGUCAAGUCGAACUCUAAGGAAUUCUCACAUCCGGAUGUCGUCAAAACGGAAGACCUGGAGAACAAGUUUGCAAAGUUGAAAGAAAAGUCUUCAAAGGAGACGGAUUUAUAAUAGACUGAGGGAAUUCACUCUCAUGAUCUGUAUAUGCCAGUGCAUUUAUUUAUAUUAGCGAUUAAACCUGAAGAAAGCCAGCCACCUAGGAUAUUAUGGAGUCAAUGAGAUUUUAACUCUACCACUGUUUCGUGUUCACCUAGUUUUACUGAAGCCACAAUGGGAAAAGUGUAGGGGAAUUUUGAGCUCUACUGCUGUUUCAUGUACACCUAUUUAAGCCACAGUAGAAACUUUGACAUGUUUUACCCUCCAGGAUGUUAUAGUUCCACUGCUGUUUCAUGUAUCGGAUGUUUUAUUAAAUUACCGGAGUUGCUGAUUCUUUGGCAUCAAACAGCAUGGAAUCUUUGAACCAGAGUCGUCAACAAUGCACAAUCAUCAUAUUUUUGAGCAAAUGAUUUGCCUUUAUCCCUGCUGCAUGCCAUCACAAUUCAGGCCGCUGAGACGUUGCCCCCUCCUCAUCCCCCACCCAACAGAAUGUAACGGACAAGCGAAGCACCAGAGCUACAGUUUUAAUUAUCAACUCGGUUGUAUGUGCUAGAGGAUGAAUCUUAUUUACAACUGAUGCAUGGAGGAGUAGCAGGGCCUGUAACUCUAUGUACAUACCUUAC